AUAGCUGUCAGUUUUGUUUCCGGUAGAUUGACAAUUGCUCUUUCCGUUUUGUUGUAGAAAGUGUUCGGACUUGGAUUUGUUUUCUCUUGGCGUUUAAUAUACUAAAAUGACCAAGGGUACUUCCAGUUUUGGAAAACGCCGCAAUAAGACCCACACGCUAUGUCGUCGGUGCGGCAGGUCUUCUUACCACAUUCAAAAGCACACCUGCUCGCAGUGUGGUUAUCCAUCGGCUAAGAUCCGCUCAUACAACUGGUCGAUCAAGGCCAAGAGGAGGAAGACUACUGGUACUGGCCGUAUGCGCUAUCUUAAGAUUGUCCGACGCAAGUUCCGCAAUGGAUUCCGCGAAGGGCAAGUCGCCAAACCCCGCAAGGCUUAAACAGUUGUGCUGUUGGCAAACGUUGAACUCACACUAGUGAAUGUGCGCGUUCAUUGUAAAACAGCGGUGACCUGUGGAGAAUAAAAGGUUUAUUUGAUGAAAAAAAAA